AUGGGCAUGGUCCUUGGCGGGCACCACGUCGUCCUUGGUGAGGCCCUUUGUCACUCGGUCCAAGAGCGCCUCGAGCGUCUUCUGGGCGAGACGCAUGGUCGUGUCCGGCAGGUCGGGCGGCAUGUCCUUGACGACAAAGAGCAGCGCGCGGAUAAAGUCCAUCUGGACAGAGUCGACCCAUGCCUCGCCGAGGUCGACUUCCGUGAGCAGGGUAUGGAUGCCGAGGCAGGCACCGGUCUUGAGGAACCACUCUUCAACGUAACAGCCGUGCGUAAAGGUGGACGAGAGGUGGCCAAAGAACUCGAGGACAUGGACGUGGCGCUCCGAGCCGAAGAUGGUAGCGGCCGUCUCGAACAUAACGCGGAUGGCACGCUGCGCAGCCUCGCGGACUUCGGGCAGCAUGGACGCGAGCGAGUCCAGCAGGGCGUCGGCCAGGAUGUGGGCAUCGAUGACCAGGGGUCCUUCGCCCGUCGUGGCGUCAAACGUUGUGCUGGCCUUCUUGGCGUUAACAAGGGAGCGGCCCACGUCGAGCACGACAAAGUGGCGGCAGAUGUUCAUCAGGAACGCGUCGGCCUCGUCGCGCAGCUCGGGAAUGGACUCGGCGUACAGAAGCGCCUUGAGCAGGCGCGUCAGGACCUCCUCCUGGUCGCGCUUCUUGGCAACGGAGCGGUCGCGGUGGAUCUCCUCAAAGGGGCCCAGGUCGACGUCCAACUUGCGCGCAAGCAGGUCCUGCGCCUGCAGGCGGACAAGACGAGGCAGGUCCUCGGGCACGCUCUUGUCGUAGCCAAUGCGGAUCUUGAUCUGCGCCUCAAUCAUCUGCAGAGCCUGCUUCUUGUAGUACGCAUCAGACUGCUUGGGAAUGGGGCCCUUGACCGGCUUGCUGGGCACCUCCAUGAUUUUCUGAAGGGCGAGCUCGAUGCCCAGGUCGGCAUUGAAGGCGCGGUCCUUCUUGGAGCCCACGAGGCGCACGUCGAAGCUCGGCACGUCGUCAAUGUACUGCUUGAACGUCAGGGGCAGGUGGUCGGUCAUGUGCUUGCGGUUACGGCCGCCGAGCUUGCCGAGGAUGCGCAUGGCGGUGUGUGCGUGGAAGUGGCUGUAGGGAUGCGGGCGCAGCUGGUCGUAGAGGGCGGGCAUGAGCUCGUCGAGGACCGGUGCCAUCAGUGGAUCGAGGUAUUCCGCUGUGAGAUUAUCGACGCAGAGCUCAAGGGUACGCAGUCCCUGACCAAUCAUAUCCGAGCCAGCGCGGAGAGCGGCGACGAGGGGCCGCAUCAAGAAGUUGAGGUGCGGCAGGAGGUUGCUGAGGCGGGCGGGCACCGUCAGACAGAGCUCGACAUACAGGUCGCGCUCGACCGGCUUGCGGGCGGCCAACAGGAGGUUGUUGAGGACGUCCAGCAGCAUCUCGAGGAGUGGCAGAAUCUGCUUGUAGAGGUGCUCAAACUUGCCGCCUCCGAUGCUACGGAAGAGCGAGCGGAGCAGGAAGAAGUAGUUCAUGGGCUCUUGGGCGUGGGUCGACAGCUCGACAGACUUGCUGAUGAUGUCGACGACGUAGGGCAGCAGAAUCUGCUCGUUCUGUGCAGCGAAGAGCGUGACGGCCAUAAAUGCAAGCUUGAACAGGCGCAGCAGGACAGACGCCUUCUUGACGUCGGCCAGGCCGACUUCCUCGAUGUGGUCCAUGAGGAAGCGCAGCAGCAUGCCGCAAAAAGUGGGCGACGUGACGUCGCUGGCCAAAAAGAACUGCGGGAUGUGCAGCAGGGCCGGGUGCUCGAGGGUCAUGGCGAAGAGAUGCGGCACCUCGUGGCCAAAGAUCUCGUUGAACGUGGCCGGGUCGAUGACGUGGAAGACGGUCGCAAACAUCUCGAGCAGGUCCUUCUCCUCCUUGCUGCUGGAGGCCAUGUAAAAGUUGGCCAUGUACUCGACCGUGGACGCGUAGUGGGCGUCGGAGGCGUUCUUGUCCUUGACGCCCUCGUAGUACCGGAAGACGCGGGCGCCCUCACGCAGCAGCUUGACAAUGACCUGGACCUCCUCGGCGUUGAAGCCGCUGGCGACCUCGGACCAGCCGGCGGGCGCGAUGGCCGGGUCGAUGGCAGGUGCUUGGGUGCAGGCGCGGAGCUGGAAGACGGUGUUCCGCAGGCCGUGCAUGAGGGUCUUGAACAAGAACUUGUUGUCCACGACCGGGUCGUGGCCCCGCUCGCGCGCGUUGAUCAGCUUGAUGGGCAUGGCGGCGGUGAAGAUGUCGAUCUCGUCCCAGGCGGGUGCCGUGGCGUCCAUGUCGGCCAGGUACGUCUCGGAGAAGGCCGCCGUGCCGAGGGCGGUGGGCGAUGCAGCGGCCUUGCGCUGCUGGUCGGCCUGCUGGCGGCGCACGUCGGCCGACAGCUUGACGGCGUUGUUGUACUGGCGGUUCAUGGAGGCAAACUUGUCGGCAAUCGCGUUGAGGAUGGUGACGAGGAGGUAGCGGGCCUCGACCUUGUCGUCCAUCUUGGCGAUGCACUCGGCCAUGUUCAGGAGCAGCUUGGCGCUCAUGGUCUGGAAGCUGGUGCCGGGGAAGUCGUCCAACAGGUUGCGCGUGUAGAUAGCGACGGUCUUGCGGAUGAUGGGCGGCUUCAGGUGGUCGCGGACGUGGUGGAUCAGGUCGGCCAGCAUGCUGUACGCCAGCGGACGCAUGGUCUCAUGCACCGUCAGGCCGUCGCCCAUGAGGGUACGCUCGUCGAGGAACUGCUCAAUGACGCUAACAAAGAUCAGGCGGUAGUUGAAGUUGAUGAUGUGGCGGAUGGCCACGAUGAGCUCCUUGCGGGCGGCGGCCUUGUCGCGCGGGCAGUCACGCAGCAGCCGGACAAUGGUGGACGGCAGCGCCGGCAGGAAGUCGGCCAUGAGAUCGGCAUGCUGGCGCAGGGCAUAGGCCAAGAAACUCAUCAUCUUCACCUUGAGCGUAAUGUAGUCGCCAUAGCUCGUCUUGUUGCGGAUGAGCGGGCUCAUGCCGAAGAAGUUGGCACCCCGGGCAUUGGCCUCGGCGUGCGCGCGGUCCUGGGCCUUGGGGUGCGUGCUGAGCACGGCCUUGAUGACAGGGAUAAAAGGCUUGAUGUUGUUGAGCGAGCGGUACAUCUGGAAGAUGCUGACGACGAUGAUCGGGCACUCGGCGAUCACCUUGAACGACUGCAUGCCCUUGAGCAGCGGCCGGUCGACCUCGAGCGAUGCUCCAGCAACGGGUGA